AUGUCCAAAUCAAUCCUACUCAUCAAUGGUCCUAAUCUGAACCUUCUUGGCACACGCGAGCCUGCUACAUACGGUUCUACUACACUUCCUCAGGUCGUCGAGGCCGCACAAAAACAAUGCACUGAGAAAUUGAUCAAAUUUGCGCACCUGCAGUCCAACCACGAGGGUGUAAUACUGGACCGCAUUCACGAAGCGCGUGAAAAUGUGGACGCUAUUAUAAUCAACCCUGGGGCUUUCACACAUACCAGUGUCGCGAUAAGAGACGCUUUACUGGGUGUGGAUAUCCCCUUUAUCGAAGUUCACAUCAGCAACGUACAUGCACGAGAGGCUUUUAGACACCACAGUUACCUAAGUGACAAGGCUGUUGCUGUGAUUUGCGGGUUGGGAACCUACGGGUACGAGGCUGCGAUCGAGUAUGCAUCAAGGCAUAUCGAACCACGAGAGAAGGCUUAG